CCAUCGGCGACACGCAUUCCAAGAACCAGCAUCAAUCAACCGAUCCUCUCUCUCUCUCUCGCGCAUAGUGGAGUUCAGCCAUGGAGGAACCUCCAGAGCACCGACAAUUCCUGGGUCGGUCUCCGCGAUACGACCUGAUCAUACUGGGAGCCUCUGGCUUCACCGGCAAGUACGUCGUGAGAGAAGCCCUCAAGUUCCUCUCCCUCAAUGCUCCUUCGUCUCCUCUCGAAUCCAUUGCCCUAGCCGGCCGCAAUACGACCAGGCUCGCCGAUGCUCUCCGGUGGGCCGCCCACCCCGAUCCCCCGCCCGAUAUCGCCCUCCUCGCCGCCGACGUCGGCGACCUCGCUUCCCUCCGCCGCAUGUGCGCCCAGACGCGGCUUGUUCUCAACUGCGUCGGCCCCUUUCGCCUCCAUGGCGAGCCUGUUGUCGCCGCCUGCGUGGACUCUGGUUGUGAUUACUUGGAUAUUUGUGGUGAGCCUGAGUUCAUGGAGAGGAUGGAGGCUAAGUACCAUGAAAGUGCAGUGGAGACAGGUUCUUUGGUUAUUUCAGCAUGUGGCUUUGACUCCAUUCCAGCUGAAUUGGGCUUAAUGUUUAACUCCAGACAGUGGACAGAACCAGCUGUUGUGAACUGGAUUGAAGCAUACCUGAGUCUGGAGUCUGAAAGGAGAAUUGUUGGGAACUUUGGAACAUAUCAAUCAGCAGUUUUAGGUGUGGCCAAUGUGGAAAAAUUGCAGGAACUGAGGCGAUCCAGACCCAGAAGAGCUAGGCCUGUGAUUCCCGGACCUGCUUCUCCAAAAGGAUCGAUUAUAGAGCACCAGAAUAAGAUUGGUCUUUGGGCUGUAAAGCUACCUUCAGCAGAUUCAGUGGUGGUUCGGAGAACGCUAUCCAUCUUGACUGAAAACCCUGAUGGUCUUCCUGGUUCUAAUGAAGAUGCUGAGCAUAUUGAAAAGAGGAAGGCCUUUUGGUCCACCGUGAAACCUGCACAUUUUGGGGUGAAAAUGGGCUUAAGGUCCUUGUUGGGCAUAUUUAGUUUAAUAAUAGUUGGGGUGUUCAUUGGGGUCCUGGGUAGAACUGCUUUUGGGAGAUGGCUUCUCCUACAAUUUCCCUCAGUUUUCAGCUUUGGGAGGUUCAGAAAGAAAGGUCCAACUGAAGAAGAGGUGGAAAGUGCUUCAUUUAAGAUGUGGUUCGUUGGACAUGGUUACAGCAGCAGAGAUGUGGCUUCACAGAGUAAUGUUAAACCUGACAUGCAGAUAAUAACAAGGGUGACAGGACCUGAGAUUGGCUAUGUGACCACACCUAUAAUUUUGCUUCAGUGUGCUCUUAUUCUUCUGAGUAACCGGGAAAACUUACCCAAGGGCGGAUCAUAUCCACCAGGAAUUGUUUUUGGCCCUACAGAUCUCCAAGAACGACUUGAGAAGAACGGGAUAUCAUUUGAUGUCAUUUCGAAGAGUGCCCUACAUGCUUAACGGGCACUGAUUUUCUCAUUAUCGACCACUUAAUGAAGCUUCCCUGAUAGAACAGGAAAGGUCACUAAUGCAAAUUAUCCACAGUUUCUCAUA